AUGGCUUUGGCAGGAGUGUUAUCUAAGCUGAUAGAUGAUGCAGUGGGGAGGAAACAACUACAUGGUUUUCAGGUGGCAGAAGGUGGAUUGAUGAUAUCUCAUUUGCAGUUUGCAGAUGACACUUUGUUAUUUGUCGAUGCUAAUGCAGAUGAAAUCAGAAGAUUACUUCUAAAUCUUACAUCUUUUGAAGCUUUAACGGGUAUGAAGCUAAAUUUGGAAAAGAGUUCUAUGGUUAGUGUUGAUGCUGAUAAUUCAGUUAAAGAACUUGCUUUGGAGCUGGGGUGUAAAGUGGAGAAAUUGCCUAUUAAAUACUUAAGCUUGCCAAUUGGUGCUACAACUAAAUGCAUUUCAGUUUGGGAUUAUGUUAUUAGAAGGAUGGAGGACAAAUUAGCUACAUGGAAGAGGAAGUUUUUAUCUAAAGCUGGCAGACCUAAACAUAUGGGUGGAUUGGGUGUUAAGGAUUUGAGCUGUACAAGUAGAGCACUGAAAGCAAAAUGGAUUUGGAGGUCUACAAGGUUCUGGCUAGAUAAUUGGACUUCACUUGGGCCAAUUAAGAACAGAUACCCUGCUGUGUAUAAAGCUAGUAGAAACAAAACUGCUUCUGUUUUUGAAAUGAUUUCAGAAGGUAGACUUGUAUGUAAUAGCAGGAGAAGACUUACUCAGCUGGAACAAAUGGAGUGGGAUAUGCUUUGCAAUGAAUUGGGUCCUGUGCACAGUCUGAAUGGUGGAGAGGAUCAGAUUGAUAUAUUGGAUGGGUUUACUGCUAAGAAGUGCUAUGAUUGGCAAAUGGAAGAUGAUACAGUUUGGGAUUUUGAGAGAUUUCUUUGGAAAAAAAACAUUCCACCAAAGGUUAGCUUCAUGUUAUGGGCAAACUUCCAUGAUUCAUUGCCAACUAGAAGUAUGCUUAAGCAUAGAAGAGUGCAAGUACAAGAUGAUAAGUGCUUAUUUUGUAGACAGCAGGAGGAAACUGCAGAUCAUCUCUUUGUGAACUGCAAUUAUGCUAGGGAGGUGUGGAAUCAUUUCAUUAAGGCAUUUAAAGUUUCAUGGGUGUUACCAAGUUCAGUGAGAAGUCAUUUUGAGGCUUGGAGGUUCAACAAUCUUACUGGCAAAUGUAGAUCUGUUUGGUGGAAAGUGCUCUACGCUGUCAUGUGGCAUUUGUGGAAGGAAAGAGGAAGUAGAGCUUUUGGAGGCAGGACUAAGGAAGCUGAUGAACUAGUUUUCAUAAUUAAGCAAUCAAUUAUGCUUUGGUUGUCUGAUGAGAAGGUUUUCAAGGAUUUUACUGCAAACCAAGUUCUUUUUCACAGGGAUACAGUGAUUCACAUAUAG